AUGGCGACGACAGAGGAGCCGGAGCCCGCUUCUAACGGCAAUAAGUGCUCAUACAAUUCGAUAGAGGAGCGAUGUUUUGCUUCCGCCCUCAUCUGCCUCGAGGGUCACUAUACCGACUCGCCCGCAAUGGGACCUCUGACCAAUGCCAAGGUCGUCAAAUUUGUAUCACGCACAUUGGAGAAGACCCAUGCGUCGAAAGAGGUCCGAGAAGCGCUUUCAAGAAAUGUCGCCAUAUGGAUAUGGCUCACGAGGAUCUUUGCUGCCGCCAUUCCCAAUCUCACAACACGCUCUGUUGGCCCACUAGCAAGCCUUAAUGACCCCGACAAGGGAGUGACACCCCAGGAGAGUACGGCUCUCAUCGUGAAAAACUACCAAGGCCUAAAGGACGACCUGCAGAUUCUUAACAAGCUCAUGCACAUCGCCCGUAAUCUUCUCGUGACGACAGAGCCUGAGGUGCCUCAGGAUCUAUGUGCGGCGGUCCACUUCGACCAAAUGGUCUACCAGACCAUCAUCCUCUGUGUUAAUGUGACAAGUAAGGGUUAUGACGGCGAGGUUUUGGAUGAGCACUCUAGGCAGAGACUUAAUGAAAUCACUGAGCUCUACAAGAAGAUACUGGUCACCUCAUUACAACAGGCCCACAAUUGGACUGCCAAGAAUGACCGGAACAAGAUGUCAUUCUGGUUCGACGUGCUGUUCGACGAGGAUGCUGCACUCGACGAUCCGCAAGACGGGCUUGGCGAUGGGCUGGGAUUCCGGGUUGACGUCGCCAAAACGGAGGUCCAACACUGGCUGGAACGUAACUCAACAAUGUGCGAUACGGCCCGCCGACUUCUCAGGGACUAUGCCGAGAACAGUUCCCAUAGGCCUCCUGGCGCACUUGCACCGAUAUCACCGUUGGCAUGGAACUGGCUUCCUCCAGGCUCGGUCAAGGUCAGAGCGGACGACCCCGAGGAUAACGACAAGAUCAACCCACAAUGGAAACCCGAGGAGACAGACAAGUUUGAGCAGGACAGGGCCUAUGGUCGCGUGUCAAGAGAGGUCGACAUGUGGUGGAUCAAGGCGCGGGAUGCCAACUUUGAUGAUUGGGUCGUGCCCAUGCCCUCGGUAGAGUUUGCGCAAAAGCGCACCGAAAACUGCAAGGAGAACCUCGUCAACCGAUACGCCCAUCAAUAUCGCGCCGAAGACCACGAAAGACAAGGUUCGCCACAGGAGGGAAUCCACGAGGCGGAUUACCCAGAAGAAGGUGACCAGCAUGUCCCUGAAGAAUACAGCGAGGAGUACGCGGACGACAUGGUGGAGGACGAGGACGUGGACGAUGACGACUCUUACGGCGAAGGCCCCAUGACGGGUCUCCUCACCGAGGUGCCCAACAUACUUGAUCCUAAGCAGAUUGAGGCCUUGCACAUGAUCGUCAAGUCGUGCAUCUUGGAUGCGGCUGGAAGCGGUUGGACUAGGGCAGGCGAGAAUCUCCAAAAGACGCGAUGUCGCAUGUUUCUGGCUCUAGACUGCGGUAAGAGUUUGCUUAGAGAGAUGCUUGUCUUCAUUGCGGUCUGGGAAAAGGACGAGUCAUCUCUUAUCUUCCAGAUUACGAGUCAAAUCGUGGAAGCCAUUCACCACAGUGCUCUCAUUCCUUACGCCUGGAACAACCUGAGGAUACCCAAGGACAUAGUGUCUCCGGCUCAGACAAUCCUGCUCCGUCUCAUCAACUACAUGUUUCGAGCACGGAUUAAGAACCCACCCGUCGAGGAGAACAAGGAUCAGAUGGUGGCGAUCAGAUUGGUUCACUUUUUCUUCAUCACCUUCAGAAGCCGCAUCGUUCCAGAGUGUGUGGCUCUGAUGAAUCUUCAGGCACAAAUUCGGGACAACGCCAUGGAUCCUGCGGACUUCCCCGUCGACAAUUGGGACAUGGAACGUGCAAAGGAUGGCCUGGUCCAGUUUCUUGAUUUCCUCACCACUGUUUCCGACGACUUUGACAUGCGGAGCAAACUGAUCGAGUGGGAGGCAGCGUAUGACCUCUUGGCUCUGCUAAAGGGCCUCGAGGCCGGCGUUCCAAAGAAGCCCCUGGUUGAUGUGCCUCACCGCUCACAACAUCCACUACGACGCCCACGACCCCCUCCCCCUCCCCAUCCAAACAUCAGAGAGACGCCAUCCGCUCACACAUUCCCGUGGGCCGGUGUCAAGGGCCAGAUCUUGCAGAUCCUCGCAGCCCUGCUCCAACCGCCUGCCGGCCGCAGCAGCCCGGGUAAUCCAACGGUGCAAUCGCAGGUCGUUCGGCACAACGGCAUAGUGGCCCUGCUGAACUGCUGCACCUACGACGACCACAACCGCUACGCCCGCGAGCGCGUCCAGCUCUGUCUGAAGUGGCUCAUGGACGGCUGCGAGGACGCCAACACGUUCCUCCGCAACCUGGUCCACAACACACCCGCUCCGCCGGGUGCCUCUGCCCCGGCCACCACGGCCCAGCAGCAGCAGCAGCAGCAGCAGCAGACUACGAACCUUCGCAUCGACGGCGUGCCCGGCGAGGUGAGGGUGCAGGUGCGUCCAGCUCCGAGCGAGCCGGCAAUGGCCACGCUGAAUAACAGUAACGGUGUCAGCGGCGGCUCCAGUAACCACCACCACCCCGGGCCGGCUGCCGGCGCCGCUCCGUCGCGAGGCUCGGCUAACCACCCUCCUCCCGUCCCGGCUGUCCCUGGCCCGAGCAGCGCCAACGGCGGCGGUGGCCUACAGCUGGACAACCCACGAAGCAACAUGCGGACGUACCUACAAGCGCUGGAUUGGGCGCAGGCUCAGAUGAGUCGCACCGACGAGCUCCUGCACGACAUAAUCAACCUGGCGGACGAGGCGGCGCGGCUUGCCCUCGGCGAGAACGGGGAGGAAACGGAAGACGAGGACUUCAUGUACUGCGUCUUGAAGCUUACAGAGCGCCUGAAGAGGGAGGGCAUCGACAUCAACCUACGAGACGCGCUCGGCGUCGACACGGACCCGAAAUUGAGGAAUUUGCGGGGGAAGCUGUGA